AUGCCUGGUUUCGACUCAUCAACAUUUCCCACCGACGAUGUUCUUUCUAUUUAUAAUAUCUUUCUUUUUCAUAUUUAUUUUUCAUCGUUCUUUUUUCUAUUUCUUUCUUUCUUGUUUAUAUUUCUUUUUUGUCUUUCUUUCUUUCUUUCCAUCGUAUUUAUAAUUUCCUUUUCUUUGUAUUUCUUUUUCUUUUUUCAUUUUCUUUUUCUUUCUUUCUUGCAUUUGUCAUUUCUUCCCCCCUUUUUUUUUUCGUUCCUCAUUUUCCUUUCUCUUAUUCAGCUCUUUUUUUCCUUUGAUUUUUAUUUAUUCUUACUUUCAUUUUUUAUUUAUUUUUUUUACUUUGUUUUUUUAUUCUUUAUUUACAUUUUUAUUUCUAUUUUUAUUUUUUGUUUGCUUCUUUGUUUUCGUCUGUCUUCGCAUUCAGCUUUUAAUUCUCUUCGUCUUUACUCUCUUUCUUUUUCUUUCUUUUCUUAUUUCGGUCUCUACUCUCUUUCCUCCUUACUUCUUUCUCAUAUAUUAUAUAAAGCUUACACUUUGCUCUCUCUCUCUCUUUUCUCUCUCUCUCUCUCUCUAUCUAUCUAUCUCUAUCUCUAUCUCUAUCUAUCUAUCUAUCUAUCUUGUGAAGCUGAUUUGACUCUCUCGCACUGCCAAUUAUCUAUCUAUCUCUCUAUCUCUCUAUCUCUCUAUCUAUUUAUAUCUCUAUCUAUCUAUCUAUCUAUCUAUCUAUCUAUCUAUCUAUCUAUCUAUCUAUCUAUAUCUCUAUCUAUCUAUAUCUCUAUCUAUAUCUAUCUAUAUCUAUAUCUAUCUAUAUCUCUAUCUAUCUAUCUAUCUAUCUAUCUAUCUAUACCUAUCUAUAUCUCUAUCUAUCACAUUGAGCUCGACUUUACCACCACUCCCCUCUCCGCCGCCACGUGUCGGCUUGUGGCCCCUACGUUGUACCGGUUCCGAAAACAUGAGUGCGCGAGGGUCACUGUGUCAAGACAUUGCUCUUUUCAUUGUAGAGGGCUGCAAGUAUGA